GACCUCAGAAGACACACACACUUCACUGCAUUUACAGUGUAAAAGAAAAAAUCAGCCAAGAUGUGUUGCUCCGGCUUUCUCAAGGUUAUGAUGUUCAUCUUCAAUGGCGGCAUCUUUUUGGCAGGUGCAGCCAUUCUGGGUGUGGGAGUGUGGGUGAAGGUGGACAGCGAGUCUCUGCUGGGUUUACUGGAGAACUUGGAAGAUGCUCCAUCUGAGUUAUCCCAGCUAGCCAACGUCAGCUACCUGCUCAUCGCUGUGGGUGCUGUGCUGCUAGUCAUUGGCUUCCUGGGCUGCUGUGGAGCUAUUAGGGAGAGCAGGUGUCUGCUGCUGACGUUCUUCUGCAUUGUGCUGAUUAUCUUCCUCAUCGAAGUUGCAGGAGCUGUGGUGCUGUUCGUCUUCCAGAGCGUGGCUGCAGAGCUUCUAGACAGUGUGGAGACUGCAGUUAGGAAGAGCAUUCGCACCAAUUAUGGACAGGAUGAAAGUCUGACCUCUCUCUGGGAUGCCACCAUGGAGGAGUUUAAAUGCUGCGGAUACAGGAACUAUACCGAAUUUGAUGGCUCCCCAUUUAAUAACGAAGGCCUGUACCCACUCACAUGCUGCAAUUCAACAGUCCCUGAGGGGCAAUGCACUGAACACAACGCGCAUCUUUCGGCUAUCGAUGGCUGCUUUGACAAGCUGCUGCAGCUGAUAGAGGACAAUGCAUUGAUCAUUGCAGCUGUGGCUAUUGGAAUCGCUGCUCUUGAGAUUGCUGCCAUGGUGGUUUCAAUGGUUCUCUACCAUAAGGCCGGCAAAAAGUGAUGUUUCAAAUUUGGGAUGAUCUAACAACUUUGUAAUUGUUGGUAAAAUUUUACAAAAGCACGUUUAUAAGUUUCAGAACAGACAGUUUAACAAAGGAAUAUUUAAUGCUACACAUGCACGGCUUGUCGAGCUUUAAAAUCAAGGAUGAAGAGGUCGUCAGUGGAUCUAAUGUGUUCUUAGUUGCACAACUGUAUCCGUGCACAUUUACGGCAUAUUGUGAUUUAUUUAUGUUGGAGGAAGGGCUGUCCCCACCUGACAUGCUGAUGCAUUUAUCAAGUAAUGUGAAAUGAAGCAUGUAAUAAUGUGAUUAUUGAAUAUGAUGCAUUUAUUUUUGUAUGUUUGAUAAUACUGAAAAAAAAUAAAUAUCAGGUCUUGGCCUGUUG